AUGUCCAACCUCAAUGUCGCGAACACGGACCUCGCGGAAGAGAUUGAAGCCAUAAACGCCAUUUACGAACCCGAUACAAUCACAAUCUCAAGCACAUCUCCGUCCUCCGCCGCCUCAACACUAGACCUAGGAGCCUCGACCUCGAACACUACGACAGCAGCAACAACAGUCAAACUCCAAAUCCCGAACCACGCGCACUUAUCCUUCCUCCUUGCAUUCGAAACGAACUACCCAGAUACACCGCCGAAGAUACUAGGGACCGCAUCGACGGCCGCGCGCGGGGAGGGGAAAAUCGCUGUCGACGUGCUGGAGGAUAUACUAGGGCGCACGUACCAGCCCGGCGCGGUGUGUCUUUUCGAUGUUAUAAACGAGGCGACAGAGGUCUUUGAGGAGUUACGCAUUGGAGGAGCUGCCGAUGACACGAAUGGCGCGAAUGCAAGUACGAACGCGAACACAGAAGACCCGUCCGACAGCGUGGACGAUCUAAGUGCAAACGCCGCCUCCCUCACAUUACACGAGAGCUUGGGCCUCUCUGAACCCCCGCCCUGGAUUAUAUCGGACGUGAUUACCGAGAAGAAAUCUGUUUUCGUGGGACGCGCGGCACAUGUUACGAGUUUGGAUCAGGCGAAGGCGUACCUGGACUACUUGCUAGCGAGCGACAAGAAAGUUGCGUCUGCGACGCAUAAUAUCAGCGCGUGGCGGAUCAAGCAGCAGAACAAAGCGUCUAAAGAAGGAGGGAAGGGGUCAUCUAGCGAGAUGAUAAUCCAAGACUGCGAUGACGACGGCGAGACGGCUGCGGGCGGACGACUGCUCCAUCUCAUGCAGCUGAUGGAUGUGUGGGACGUUGUCGUUGUUGUGACGAGGUGGUAUGGCGGUGUUUUGCUGGGCCCGGAUCGAUUUAGGAUUAUCAAUGCUGCUGGGAGAGAUGCCUUGGUGAAGGGUGGAUUUGGGAAGGAGAAGGAAAAUCAAGCUGGUGGUGAGAAGGGCAAGAAGAAGGGGAAGAAGUGA